AGACGGAAGAGCAGCAAGGAUGAAGUGAUUUUCGGGAGGAGCCAAAUGGAACACGGCGUCGUGAAAAACCCUAGCGGCGAGGGAUGGAUGAUAAGUGGCACGAGAGCGACUCGCGAGCGUAAUCAUGAAACCGAGAAACGAACUUUGGGAGGACCUUCGGACUCUGCAGUCGAAGGGUUACUGCGCGAGAGGACCGGUAGGUACCGGGUUGCUGCUCAGGCUUCAAGUAGGGGCUUCACCCGAGGCCUCGAAAAGAAGUGGAAGGAGAAGAAGCAGACGGAAUAGAACAAGGCGAGGCGAGGCGAGGAGAGGAGAGGAGAGGGAGGGAGGAGCAGCAUCAGCAUCAGCAGAGAGGACAGGGAAAGGUGGAGGGAGGGAGGGAGGGAGCUGCGUGUUCAGCGGCCGGGCGGAACAUGCUUUGCGAUCCUUGGACCCAGUAUUGACACAGCGACUAGCACGACGCGCAGCGCCUCUGCUGACGCGUUUUACGUCCUGACUUGGCAGACAAUCCUGAAUUGAAAACCACGGGAAUCAAAACGCAGGCGCCCGAAGGGCCGGAACGCAAUGGCUGCUGCCCACAUAGUCUGAGCUGGUGAGGGCGGUGUUGUUCGUGCAAGGAAAUUCCGAAGGGACUGGAACCUGGUUGAUGUGGUGACGACGAUACGUGGGUGUCAAGAAUUCGGACUGCCUUGCGGUGGUGGUGGUGGUGGUGGCGGCAGUGAAGUCUAUGACGUGAUCGCUACUCCACUUCUCGUUAAAUGGACUGAGCACAGCCAGUCUCGUGAAAUUGGGCUGCUGGAGUGGGUUGAUCCCCUUACGUUUUGCUACUUGCGUUGCUGAAGUUGCGGAGGACGAAGACUUCGGGCGUGAAAUUUGCGCUCUUGAGAAAGUGUGGUCGGAGCUAAAAAAUUAAAAAGUGAGCGUGGGAUCGGAGCAGAAUUUGAAAGGACAGAUUGUAGAUCCAAAUUGUACGAGAUGCAUGUUUAUAAUGCCUGGUUGCCGCCUCCGGUAAGGGAAUUGUUGGAGGCCGAUCCGGAAAGGAACAAGUUUCAUGAUGUGGUCCUGGAGGUGGAGCGCGAGUGGCAGCUCCACAGCGCCGAGAGCAGAUUCGCAUCGCUGAAGUGGAUAUCUGUUAUCAACACCUUCGUGAAAGCGAGAGCCGAACUUGCAAUAGAGGAUCUGGAACUGUUAGUGAAGAGGGCUCUCGACAUACUCUUAGCAUCAUCCGACAAUUUAUUUGUUCAGAUUCAGUGGAGCCGCUGCCUCGUAAAAAUUUUGAAAAAGUAUCGCAACAGCCUAUCUUUGAUCAUUCAAUGGAAACCAUUUUACAGAUUGAUAUAUGAUACCCACUUUAAGCGGCGAAUAAGCUACGAAGGUUUAGCUUUGAAACAGUAUCAUCAGGAUACCAUUGUUUCUCUUGUACGAACCAGCCGUCGAUUUUUUCCUGCAGGAUCUGUUACAGAGAUCUGGGAGGAGUUCAGGCCAGCGUUGGAUGAUCUUUCACAUAAUUCAGCCCUUGAGGCUGUCGGUUUUAUUUCCUUAUUUAUGCCAACUAAGUUGGAGAAGCUGACGGAGACCGACCGAGCCACACUAUCGAGCAAGUGGCUUGAGGAGUGCCUGAAGCUGUGGGCGGCGCUUCCCAAUUCUCAUUAUUGGGAUCGUCAGUGGGCUUCUCUACUAAGCCGGUUUAUCAAACACUGCUACGUAUCGCAUACGGUCGACUUGGAUCCAUAUCUUCCCACUCUAUUCACUCACAUUUUAAGAUCUUUUGAGGUACCUGUAGGGAAGUCCGGGACCUCAUCUCCAGUUGGAAGAGACAUCUCUCGAGAAAUUAUGUUCGCCUUUAAUGGAGGAAUGUGGGCGCAGCCUGUUUCUAAGUAUUAUGCCAAAGCUAUUGUUUAUAUGUUGAAGCCAGGUGGCCCGACAGAAUAUUUAUUGAGCAACUUGAUCGAUCUGCUUGAACAGUACUACCAUCCUUCUAACGGUGGUUCGUGGACAACCUCUCUUGAGAGAUUCUUGCAUUUCUUGGUAUAUUACUUUCAAAAGCGUCUCGCGUUUGAGCAGCGAAGUCGGUCAGCUGGAGCAGUUCUUGAGGUGAACUCGUUCCUUGGAUCUGCAGAAAGAAGAUCCUUCGUGAAAACACUGCUACCUCUGAUCGAAAGGGGCCAGUACAGCAAAGAUUCUGACAUGUCUGAAACGGCAGCUAGUACGGCUUCCAUGUUAACGUAUCUGGAGCCAUCACUAGUUCUCCCUCUGAUAAACUCGCGUUUUCACACGGCUUUAAACACUAUAACAGCUACGCAUCAACUGGAAUCGGCAGUUACAACUCUUGCUCUUGCUGCACGUCCUACGUUUCUGGCUUGCGCUAAGGAGGGUGUUUUUGCAAAGAAUGACGACAAUCAGGCUUCCUCCUUGUACUUGGAGGAGUUCACAGAAACCUUGGUCGUGGCCAUGUUCAGUACUUUGCUUGGGAUGGAUGCCAAUGAUCCACCCAAGACACUAGCUACAAUGGCGCUUUACUCCUCUAUUCUUUGCAAUGUCGGAGUUGUCGGGGAUGUAGCAGAUGGUGGAAGUCUAGUGUUACCCAUUGAUUGGUCUGAAUGGCUUGAUGAGUUUCUCUCUCGUCUAUUCACGUUGCUUGUACACUUGGAGCCCAGCGGCCAACAGUUGGAUACCGGACUUGAUGAUGGUUAUUAUCUAUCUUCAAGCACUUUCCUCAUGCAAGAAGGGUCUUUUUAUCAUUCGGUUAUCGAGCUUUUAUUCGGAAGAUUGACCAAACCUCUCUACCUGCAGGCCUUGAAGAAACUAGCACAAUUCUUGCAGAACAACGUACUUCCAGGAGCUGCGUUAGAGAUUGGUCUUCUGUGUUCAUUCGCAGUCUUCACGAAUUCAGCAGAAGCUAUUAGUCAGCUCCUUGUACCCAUAAUGAACUCUUUGGUUGCUUCCCUCGGCGACUUCCCUACUACAGGAUUUGGUGGUGAUGAUGACUCGAGGAUUGACUCAUCCAGAGUGCAGGCUACACUUUCUCAAGCAGUAGAGACAUCCGUGACAUUUCAGCUCAAUGUCUUGUCAGCAGCAUUGAUGUUUGCCGGGGAAAAUGUUCUUCCCUACAAAGCCUUAUUGGACAAAGUCAUUUUUGCUUCCUUCAACGCUCCAUCAUCCAAGGUCAAUGAAGCAGGAAACCGAUUAUUGAGCUCUCUGCUUGGUAGUCUGAUAUUUUAUUAUCCACUUGAUCAAUACAAGUUGAACUCAAGAUUGGUGGAUGGUGUGGAAGCUUGGAUAAGUACUAAAAUUUCCGCAGAAGAUGGAGAUGCUCCACAUUGGCACAUACCCAACAAAGAAGAGUUGUCUUAUGCAAACGCCUUGUUGGAUCAACAUCUGCGUGGCGCUGUUUCUAGUCUGCGCGAUGUCUGCAAGAGCAAUCGCCAGGCAGAGUCUUCUGGAGGUCAGGUUCAGAUAAAAGAGUAUUUACGAGUACUCUUUCUUCGAAUAGAUGCAACCCUUCGUGGAGUAGGGUCUUGCUUACCUGAUUUUGACUUGGCCCCUUCAUCGGGAGCCUCUGGUUCAAAGGCGAAGAGACGACUAAAUGUGCUAGGAGCAUUCGGAGCUUCUGUUGGCGAUAACAAGUUGAGGGAGGAGGCAGCUGAUACUCUACAUGCAGCCUGCGAGUAUCUCUUCAAGGAAAGGGCUGAUGACACUGUGCUGCUAAUGAUGCUGAUUCGCGUCAUGGAUUUAGUUGGCUUCAGUGCAACGUUGGAGCAUAACUUUUGGUCAAAUGGUAAAAGGCUGCGUCAUGCUGAGGCCAAGUGUCUCACAGAACCUAAAAUGAAUUUUAUUACCAACCCUGAUGCUAAGAACAAACGAAGGCCUCGAUGGCUGGUGGUAGAUAUGGUGUCGUUGCACAAUGCGUGGCGUUCUUCUCGAGGAUCCUUCCGACCUAUAUAUGCUGGGCCUGAUCUAGUACCUGUCUCAAAGCACCUUGCCUUGCUAGCCAAAGAUUUACUGAAGUUGUCUUUGCACCGCUACGAUGUCGUCCGCAAGUUUGCCAUCAGCGCGCUUGGCAAGUCCUUGAAGCGGUUUCCGAUCUUGGUGAAAGAUUGUUUGCCGACCUUGACUGGAAGCUUAGAAGAUUCAGCGGCACUUGAGGAAUCAGCUCUGGGUGCAUGCAAAGUCCUGAUGUUGAGGCCAGUUUUGCGCCAUCUCACACAGGACUGGAGUGCGUUAUCGUCGUUCUUCCGAUCCCUUUUAAAAAGUGCACAUCAUGAAUCCGUCAAAGCUCAAAGCGCAAUAAAUGAGCUCUUUGUAGUCUUCAGUGUUCGAUUUGGAGGAUUGCCAAGUCUUUCUAGUGCUACUAAGAAUACAGAUGCAUCAACCUAUAAUGCACUUGUUGCACAUAUUAAAGGGAUGCUCUCAGAUGGUUCUGAAAACAUACAUUGGCGCUACAAUCUUAUGGCGAAUGGAAUGCUCCUUCUUCUUUUGGUGCAGCCAGUUAGUGAUGGAUCCAAACCCAACCCAGUCUUGGAGUCUCGGAUGAUAAUUGCCGAGCAGUUUCUGUCCAAUCUCAGCAGCGAGCUUCCUGCACUGCGGCCUCUAUCGAUAAUCGCCUUGUUAUGUUUGCUGCAAGCGUGGUCCCAUGAGUCUCUGGUGGCAAAAGCACCCGAGGCUUUGAAAGCUAAGAAAGAACUGGGAAGCCUAUCAUUGAAAGAUGUCCUUAUUCCAAUCAUUCAGAAACAAGGAUUUGGCGGGACAAUAAUCCAAAAUCUUGCUUUUGAUCACCACUAUCCAGAAGGUUCUGGAAGAACUGGAAGAUGGAAUGGCAGUAGAACCACUGCUCGCAUAUCGGAUUUAGGUCUUACUGAUCUCAUGCCUCCCUUCACUAGAGACUGGCCGCGAACAAGAACAUGGGACUCAGGCAUGAGAGGAGAGGCUUUUUCCGUUAAUUCUGCAAAACUUUUCAAGCGGCUUGCUCGUGAGUGUGGCGAAGUUUUGGUAAACGCAUUGCGGGGUCCGUUGGAAGAGGUGGCAAAUCUACCGGAAGAGCGUGGAAAGCAGUGUGUAGCUGCCGAGAUUAUUGGUGGCUUGCUGCAGUCAGAUGUGAAAUGUGUCGUUGCAGCUUGGGAUGAUUGGCUGCGACCAACUCUGCAGAAGUGUCUGAUGCAGGCAACUGUGGAAUCAGGUCCGGAGUGGGCGGCUUGCAUUCGGUUUUCAUUGACUGGAAAAGGAGGAAGGGGAGAAUCGUCACCUGUGUUGCGGUAUGAAAUCCUGGAAUGCUUGGCAGAACCACUGCCGUCCACAGCAUCAACUAGCCUCAUAGCUAAGCGUCUGAUGCUUCUUCGCGCAGCCCUUGUUGAGUACCGUCCGGUCCCGAGUCAAAGUAAGGAGGGUCUGCUUCAUGCACAUCUUCUGCGUGAAAUGACGUCUUCCAUGGCUCACGCAGCCCCACAGGUGAGGGAGAAUGUCGGAAGUCUCAUGUGUGUACUUUUAGCCAAUAUUCGAGCUUCAUCAGCGUUAGAAGAACAGGUUCGCGUUCAGAUUUCUGAUCGUAUGGAGACGGAGAGUAACUUAGGUAUCUCUUAUCCGAGUAUCACGGUUGAUAUGAACAAAGCUGCAGUAGGAAGGCCAGCGGAGACGGUCGCUAAACUUCAGUUUAUAGCUGCAUCACCAGCUGGAUUCACUGCGCCUAUGGAUGUCGUUGCAAGUGGGGCAGGUGAUGUGCUCAUGGCCACAAGAGGUGCUUUGGAGAAAACUUUGGGUUCAGAGUUGAGUUUGGUGAAGACAGCUACUGUAGAUGAGUUCAACAAGGUCUUGGUAGAGGAAACAAAGAUCACUUCACUUAGGAUCCAAAGCCUGGGAGGCCCUGCAUUCGGCGGUUCAGAGGCGUCAACGAGUAACAGUGCUGAUCAAUUAGAGAAUGGAAGUCAAGAUAUCAAGUGGAUGGAGACGGUACUUUACUUCAUUGUUGCUUGCCUAAAGUCCGGCAAAGCUGUCGACAUGACGCCCACUUUGAUAGGGCUACUGCAUCCUCUUUUGUCACUGCAGGAGACAUCUGAGAAAGAUCUUUCAGCACUGGCCAAGGGAACUUUGAGGUUGCUGAAUUGGCACCCCAUUCCUAGGGAAAACCUUCCUGCUGCUGUGAAAGCGGUGCUGGAGGCGGCUGCUGAUACUAAUUGGCACACACGCGUGGCAGCUCUUGUUUUCAUACAGUCGUUCGUCUACAGACACACGUACAUACUAUCAACGAAAGACAAAGAGUCUUUGUGGAAUCGUGUGCGAGAGCUUCUUUCUGAUCCUCAAGUUGAGGUGAGGGAGGUAGCAGCUACAAAUAUUGCGGGCAUGAUGAAGGGUUCAGACAAUGAAUUUGCCCAAGCAUUUCGUGAGCAGACAAUGCGUGCGGCUUCGUCAAUGCACAAUGCUUCAAAAAGGAAGAGGACAAGUGAGACAACACCUAAACCUGUAUACACUGCUGCAGCCAUCCAUGGCAACGUGUUGGGGCUUGCUGCCUGUGUCUUGUCUGUACCUUAUGACAUGCCGACGUGGCUGCCAGAUACCGUCACUUUACUUGGGCGCUUUAGCGGGGAGUCUUCAUUAAUCAAAAGCACUGUCAAAAAAGUCAUUUCUGAGUUUCGGCGUACGCAUUCUGAUACUUGGGCAUAUCAGAAAGACUCUUUCAGUGAAGAGCAGCUGGAAGUCCUAUCUGAUCUGACUUCGUCUGCGUCAUAUUUUGCAUAAACCCGGAAAUUUAUGGGCUGGACCAACAUUCUAGGAUCAACAUGUAUUAUCCAUGCCAAUUUUGGUUUUAGCAAUCACAAAUUCAUACACUUGAGUACAGAAGUCUCCAUCUCCACCAGAGGCUGGCAGUUCUGGAUGGUUGACACUAGGUUAGAUUAGGAAAUUUGAGAAGAGCUAGUCUUACAUUUUUUACAAGGCAUUUUGCUUAUUGGACCGCCAUCCCGCCGUACAGUGUUCCUUUGUGCUCCUCUAUUGAUGUGGCAAUUGAACUUGCACGGUAGUUUCUGGGAGUGGUUUCAUUUACCACCACCAGCAGGUUGGCGAGAAAUAACUCGUUCGGUUUCUGUGACCAACGUGUUCCUCAUUUUAAAGAUUUGUUUCUUCUGUCCAAUAGUUACUUGUAAAACCAUGGCAAUUGUGUUUUGGUGAUUCAUGAAGAUCAGAAGAGAGGGUCUUGAGGCGUUUCACCACUAUCACCGUAUAAUGACUUGAGGGUCCAGUUUUCGAAGAAUCAUGUUCUUCGAGGCAAAGACUGAAGUCAGACUUGUGCAGAAGUUUGUAAGAGAGCCCAAUGGGAUUCGAUGGAGUACAUUUAUACAGCGCUCGCACUCUGCCACUUCGACACCGUGAUAUGCGCCGAUGGGGCCUUGGUGUGUUCAUGUUUGGUUCUUUUGCUCCGACAAUCUUUUUCGGUUCUUCUCGUUUCAAUGCAUAUGCUGCUUCGGUUCUCUUCCUCACGCUCGGCUCUGGGCAAUGUCCUCUUUGUGAACUGCUUAUCUCAUGAUAUUGCAAGUAAAGUUAGAGUGUUAGAGCUGGAGGUCGUGAACACCUCCCUGAGUAUGAUUCGUAUCCGAGGGAUAUAAAUUCCCUAACAGAAACACUCAUUCCAUCGCCGGCACACCCAGUUAAGCCUGAAAAUUAUUUCAUCGGUUUAGUAUCCUUUACGGUGUCACAUGUAAACAUUUUUUCUUCCAAAACGAAGUCCACAUCCAACUUAUACACGCUUUUACUUUCUGACGAAAAUUGAAUAUCAAUGUUCCAUGCUCUGUGGCU